UACGAUCACACUGAAAAGUGAAAAGAAACUGGUUUGUUUCUUCAAUAUUGCACACUUUUCUUUCUUGAUUAGUUUUAUUUUUCUCUUCAACAACCUUGCUAGCUACUUUCUUCUUCAUCAAGAUUUUAUAAUUCAAGUUCAAAUCCUGUAUGAAACAAUUAUUAACCAGACUUUACUUGCUUGAAAUCUAGAUUAUCAGCGAGUUCUUCGUUCGAGAAUCAGAUGAUUAUAAGCUCAUGUGUUAAUAUGUAAGUUAUUUUCUUAGAUUCAUUAAUAUGAAUUAAUAAGUUUAUUUUGCCAUGAUUUUCAGGAUCAACAUCAACCACCAAGUUAUGAAAAUGAAAACAAAAUCACAUGGUGGAUAUCAAAACCAAGCUUAUAGAUCAAGACACACAUAAACCAAAAAGGUUUUUUUUUUUUUUUUUUUUUUUUUCAUUUUUCAACAAUCCAAAUUAUACGUUAAAGAAUUUUCGUACGGAGACAAAAAAGAGAAUUAAUUCUGACAGAUAUGGCAACGUACUUUCAUGGCAAUAGCAACAGCAACAGUUCUGAAAUCCAACCGUCGGUAGAAGGUUUACAGACACUUUACCUUAUGAAUCCAAACUACGUACCUUACUCUGAGGAGGAACCACAAAAUCCAACACAAAACAUGCUUUUCGCUAAUCCCAACGCUACCACUAACAAUAAUACUUCUCCCCACGCGCUUCAUGGAUUCAAGUUUCCCCACGCGCCUUCAUCACUCAAUCAACACCACUUGCUUGGAGUUACUAUUCCACCUUCCAACUUUCAUGGAUCCAACACUACCGACACUCCUACACAACCAUAUGAAGUUUCCACUUUCCAUCCAUUUGCCUCCUCGGCCACCGUGACUCCUCGUCCCCAUUAUAACAUGUGGGGAUCAGGUAGCUUUAUACCUGAUCACACUGUCACAGCAACGACAACUGAUAGAUCAGAAUGUUCAGAUGUCGUUGCUGUGACAUCAUCUACAGAGUUUCGCUCGCAGCAAAUUGGUUUUCACAGACCAAUUUAUCAACGUGGUUUGUCUCUCAGUCUUUCUUCGCAACAAACGCCUUACCGGUCAGCCUCUGGUGAGAUUGAGGUAUCUCCAGGUAGCCGUGGAGGCGAAGAAGGCGGUGGAGUUUCGACCAUGAACGGUGUUGUUUUCGGUUCAAAGUAUUUGAAAGUAGCACAAGAGCUUCUUGAUGAAGUUGUGAAUGUGGAUAAGGGAAUCAUCAAAGGAGAAUCUGUGGAAGGAGGUAAUAGUAAUAACAAUAAAGAGAAGAGGAAAGUGAAUAUUGAAUCUAGUUCAAGUGGUGGAAGAGAAAACGAUGGAGGGAAACAAGUAGCUGAAUUAAGCACUGCACAAAGACAAGAACUUCAAAUGAAGAAGUCAAAGCUUGUUAGCAUGCUAGAUGAGGUAGAGCUAAGGUACAGACAAUACCACCAUCAAAUGCAAAGUGUGAUAUCAUCAUUUGAGCAAGCAACAGGAUAUGGAGCAUCAAAAUCUUACACAUCCCUUGCCUUAAAGACAAUCUCAAAGCAAUUUCGAAGUCUAAAAGAUUCAAUCUCUUCACAAAUUAAGACGGCUAGCAAGACUUUGGGCGAAGAUGAUUGCUUGGGUGUUAAGUUAGAAGGUUCUAGGCUUAGGUAUGUCGAUCACCAACUCCGACAACAGCGAGCACUUCAGCAACUUGGAAUGAUUCACAGCAAUGCUUGGAGGCCUCAGAGAGGCUUGCCUGAACGAGCUGUUUCUGUUCUUCGUGCCUGGCUUUUUGAACAUUUCUUGCACCCUUAUCCCAAGGACUCCGAUAAGGUUAUGCUUGCAAGACAAACUGGACUUACUCGUAGUCAGGUAUCUAACUGGUUUAUAAACGCCAGAGUUCGGCUGUGGAAGCCAAUGGUUGAAGAAAUGUACUUGGAAGAAACCAAGGAGCAAGAGGAGAAUAAUGACUCCAAGGAUAACACAAAUAAAUCAAAAGAAUUAGGUGUCACAAAACUUGAUCAAAUUAAUAAUCUUCAUUCAAAGGCAGAAAACUUCAACAACCAAAACCCUUCUCCAACAGUAAUUUCAAGUUCCAAUAAUUCAAUGUCAACAUCAACAAUGGGAGGAGAAGGAGGGUCCUUUCAAUCCAAUUCUGGUUUCCAUCUUGCAGGAUCAUCUGAUGUACAAAGGAGUCCAAAAAACUCCCAUCAAGGUAGUUUCCUUUCAAUGGACAUGGAAAUGAAGUCUAAUAGAGAGUCUAACAUAGAGGUUGAAGUUGAAAGACAUAAUCAAGACAAAAAUGGUUACCCUUUAAUGAGUGGAAAUGAAAAUCAUCAUGAUGGUGGUUAUGGAUCAUUCUCAAUGGAAGAUAUUAGAAGGUUUAAUGUUAGUGAGCAAUUAGCUCCUAGGUUCCAUGGAAAUGGUGUUUCUCUAACUCUUGGACUACCUCAUAAUGAAAAUAUCCCUCUCUCUUCAACCCAACAUGGAUUUCUCUCUCAGAAUUUACAUUUAGGAGGGACGAUUGAUGAAAUGGGAAGCAAUGAGAAUGAGUUUUGUACCAUCAACACUACUCCUUCUCAUUCAGAAACAAAUUAUGAGAGUAUUGAUAUUGAAAACAGAAAGAGGUUUGCUGCUCAGUUAUUGCGAAAUUUUGUGACCUAGAAAUUAAUGUGAUUUUGACAAAAACUACACUUCGAAGUUUCAACAAAAUCCUGGUGUAAUGUGAUUUCAUCAAACUCAGUGCCAGUUGAAGCAAAACACUUAAUAUAUAAUUAUAAGACUCAAGUUGAGUUGGAUCAAGUUGGAGAAGGUAUACAUACUUUAAUAUAAUAUUGGAAAAAAUUCCGUAGUCUCUUUGGCAUACCUUUGCUGAAGAGAUUGCGUGUCAGUGUUAAUAUAUAUCAUUUUUGUUUGUUAAGAAAAAUUAUGGUAUUGGAAAUUUAACCAGGUAUGUAGGAGUUGAAUGAUUUCUUUAAAUAUAUAUAUACACACACAGACAUGUAUGCGUUACUUUGUGAUCCUGCAUGAAUGUAAUUUGUAUUUGGUAAGUACGUAGAUGUGGUGGAAAUCAUUAAAGGUAUAAAGAUGUACAAAAAUUUGGAUGCAUUCAUUAAGAUAUGAAAGUGAUGUGUAUGGAAUUUGGAUGAAA